CGCGUAACUUUAUUAUUGACUUCCGAUCAAAACACGUGCGUGCUUUGGAAGUGAACAGAUUAGUAAAUAAAACAAAAUGGGAAAAAACAAGAAAGAAAAGAGACAGUCGGAGGCUAAUGAAACACUUGAAAUUAGCUAUGAGGAAAAACUAGAAAAUCUUAUGCCGAUUGCAAAACCACUAGCCCCUAAAAAAUUAACAAAACGUAUCUACAAAACAGUCAAAAAAGCAAACAGCCAGAAGAAGCAGAUCGUUAGAGGAAUAAAACAGAUUCAAAAAUUUAUUCGAAGAGGAUCCAAGGGGUUUGUUGUAAUAGCUGGAGAUGUGUACCCAAUCGAUGCUGUAUCACAUUUACCUGUGUUAUGUGAAGAUGCUGAUAUACCUUAUUGUUAUAUACCUUCUAAACAGGAUCUGGGUAGAUCGCUGGGAUCUCAGUACUGUGUUGUAGCAUUAGUACAGUCACAUGAAGAUUAUAAAGAACUUUAUGAUGAAACAUUCGCAGACAUCAAAUCACUGCCUCAUCCAUAUUAAACAAAGUCAAAGAAAAGACUUGGAACUAUUUGUAUAUAUUAUGAAAUGUGGCGCAAUAUCUAACAAGUGUGUAGAUAUCAUUCAAUUCACAGAUAAAGAAAAUAGAAACUAGGAAUGUGCUGGUCUGGGAAUAUAGGUCUUAUUGUACCUGGUAUUGUGUCGAAAAUGUAUUAAAAAUGUCAAUAGAAAGGAGAAAAUUGUGUGCCUGAAAAAUGUACAGGUACCUGAGGAUUUUGUACCCGACAUUGUUAUUGAUGAGUAUUUUCCAGACUGGUUUAACGCUGGACAGAUUUAAAAUACCGGAGCUACACUGAUGUAAGCCUCCCUUGUAUAGCUCUUGUUUUAUUUCAUGUUGGUCAGGAGAACGCUAGAUCAGAGACGGUCCUGCACAUUUUAGCACAGGUGAUGUCAUAUUAGGGUUAGGGUAUGGGCUAGGACCUGCAGAUUUCCUCAAAGUCUCAAGAUGGAAACUGGACUAGCGCUAACCCUGGACCAUGCCUAACCCUUACCCUAAUCCUAACGCACAAUCCACAUAUGACGUCAUAUGUGUAGGGCCAUCUCCGAUCUAGCGUUCUCCUGUUUGUCAGUCCUGACACUGUUGAAAUGCACCAACUGGAAAACAUACUAGUUAGUUAAUUGCCUGCCAUCAAAUUCGAAUUUCAAAGCAUUUAAAUUUCAACUGUUGUUUACACAGUUAAAUUUACAGUUUUUAUACAUUAACCUGCAAGCAAACUUUUAUUGCAUUACGGCCAAACAAAUUUGAUCUUUAAUGCUUGAUUAUUAUACUCACACGAUGAGCUAUUUUCUUCACGAAAAAAGGGAAUUUUUAGUAGGUGUUUCUGAAGAACUAGAAAUGAAAGUAGUUUGACCAAAAUCAAUACAUUUAAAGUGUAAAUAUGACAUUUCAUUAAAGAGAUCAAUCUUA